AUGCUGAGAAGAUUAACUCAAGGUAUCAAACAGAUAGACAGAUUUGGUGUUAUAUUUCGACCAUCUGUUAUAGAUCUUAAUCCUGAGUACAAAUCAAUAUUCGGGGGAAUUGCUACUUUAUUCUUGUAUGGAUCAUGUCUGGCUUAUUUCUGUUAUUAAAUCAUUCAGUGGUAAAACAAUACUCUAUUACCAAAAAUAACAAGUAUUUAAACUUCAUAAGCUGAAAAAUAUUUCUACAUGGAGAAUUUCAUUUCUUCAUUUUAUAUGAGAAAAAAUUAUAGAAAUGAUGAAAUAGAUCCAUUUGAUCCAUAGAAUAUCAUAUUAUAACCAAUCCUUUCGAAAUUUUCCAAUCAAUAAUUAGUUGAGUCGAAAUCAUUUCAAUUUAAUUCAAAAUCUAGUCGAUACAAUAAUUCAGAAAUAAUCCUUGAGAAUUUAGAAUUAAAUUUGAAUUUAGAGAAUACAAAUGAUAACCCCUAAAUUGAUUACAUAUUAUCCUUUGGCACGUGCAUUGAUUUAUUUCUAUUAGAAGGGCAAAAGUGUGCAAAUUAAUCAAUGGUGGAUAUUUAUAUGAAAUAAUAAGGACAUGCAAUGCUCAUGAAUAAUUAUGUUAAAGAGUAUAAUCCAAAAAGUAUGUAAGUUGAAAAUGUGAAAAAGUAAUCAUUAACAAUGCUGAAUAAUGAUACAACCAUGUAUUUUCAGAAUCAAAUAAGAAUAUCCAAGACAACUAUUGAUUAAGGAUUCUUAUUUCCUUCUGAAAUUAUAAAAGAAUUCCCAGUUGACAUGGUCUUAAUAUCAUAAUCGAUAGACACAUAGAGUUUUUCAACAAUAUUCCAUAGAGCCACAUAUUUAGUUUUAGCUUAUAGUUUGAAUGAAAUAUUCUUAAGA